GGGAAGCGAAAUAGGACGGGACGAAGGAGGAGUGACCCCGUCGAGGGCGACGACCAACAAGUUGCCAGCGAAGCAAGCCAGCCCAGCCCCAUUCCAAGCCCCGCACCCCGGAACUGAAAGCAGCAAAACGGCAGCCGUGGAUACCAACGCGCUGCGCAGCUCAGUCACUGUGAAGGUGCCCCCGCUGCCGCUGCCACCCCCGCCGCCGCCGCCCCUGACCACGUCGCUGACAAUUUGCCAGCCGCCGCCACCCACUCCGCCCUACCAGAGGCUCACCAAGGCGCUGCAAUGCGAUCCGCGCUGCGGCCACGAGGUAACCAUCGGCCGUCGCAUUGGCCUCUACAGAUUUUGUGGCGAUAUCGGACGCGGCAACUUCUCGAAAGUCAAACUCGCUGUCCACCAGCUGACGCGUGACAAAGUGGCCAUUAAGGUGGUGGACCUAGAUAGAGCGGGUCUCGAUGCCAAGGCGCUGCGAAUGCUGUCCAGCGAAAUAGCCACUCUCGAGUGUGUUCAUCAUCCAAAUAUUCUGAGGCUUUUCGAGGUGGUUGAGACUUUGGGCCGGGUCUACCUAGUCACUGAGUGGAUUCGCGGCGGGGAACUUUACAACCACAUAACCCAAGGAGGACCUCUGAGGGAGAUUCAUGCGGCACCUUUGUUGAAGCAACUCUUGCUGGCCGUGAAACACAUGCACAGCCUGGGUUACGUGCAUCGCGACAUCAAGGCAGAGAAUGUCCUGCUCCUCUCGGAAGAUCGUCUCAAGCUGGCCGAUUUCGGUUUCAGCACACAACUUAUCAAUGGUGCCAAUCAGAAGCUCGACACGUUUUGCGGCUCGCCUCCGUACGCGGCGCCCGAGCUCUUCUCCGAUGACCACUACAUCGGUGCCCCAGUGGAUGUGUGGGCCCUGGGCAUCCUGCUCUAUUUCAUGGUGGUGGGCAACAUGCCAUUCCGGGCACCCACAAUACCCGGCCUCAAGGCGGCCAUACUCAAGGGCGACUACCUGCUGCCCGGCCAGCUCAGUUUGCCCUGUAUAAGACUUAUACAACGUAUCUUGAUUCACAUACCCGCCCAUCGGCCCACCAUUGACGACAUGCUGAACAGCCAGUUCGUGACCUGUCCCAAGCUAAGCGCGGACCUGAUGCAGUGGGAGAUAAGCCAGCACAGCAAGCCGGCGAAGCGCUCGAUCUUCUGGGUGCGCAGCAAGUCGCACCGCCUGCGGAAGUCCGCCUCGCUGCGGGAUCGGUAUGCGGAAGUGGUUAAGAAGCCGGCCAUUAGUAUGAACACGCGGCAGCAGGACGAGAUGUUCGUGCAAAACUUCCUGCAACCGAUCGAGGUUGGUCACGAGUUCCUGCUCCAGGGAUCGGGACAGCUAAAGGAACCACCGGCACCUGCCGAGCAGGCCAAACGUCCAACACGGAGGUACUUGCUCUGCGGCAGUCUCAAGAAGAAGGUCACACCCCUGGAGACGGAGCCGGAGAAACAGCUGUCCAACGGUGGUCAAUGCGCCUCGGCCAAGAUCAAUCCAUGGAAUAUUCAGGUGGCCGACGACUGUCCAUUGUUCAAGAACUACGAUGCGGAGACAGGCAGCUGCAUUAUGCUGCCCACGGCCACCGAGGAUCUCAGCCAGCUAGGAGCCCUGGAGUUCGAGGCCAGACAACUUCUGGCCGAGAUGGGACUCUCCUCCGAGAUGCUAAUCAACGCGAGGCAAAGUGGACCCCGUUCCGACAUCAUUGGGGCCUAUCGAAUCGUGGUCAACAGACUGCAAAAGCAGUCCUGGCUUGCGCGAAAGCACGUGGAGAUGGCUCUUCACGUGGAGCCCAAGGCGGAAAAGCGGAUUGAGAGAUCGUGCUGCAUACUCUAAGGCAUGCGCAGAUUCAUAGUUGUUGAAUGUUUAAAAUACUACUCACCUGGUUCUGGUGGAUCUGGAGAUUCCCCUUAGAGAGGAAAGGCAAACUUGGUUUUCCGUAGAUUGGCAGGAGAAACCAGAUCAGCAACGAAUGAGAUUACUGAAAGAUAUUCCCAGUUCCCAACUAAGAUAAAACAUGAAUGCCGAGUUCAAGAUAGAAGUUACAGGAAAAGCCUAUUCAAAAAUUAAAGUUUGCCUUUCCGUGGGGACUUGGAGCCAAGAGAUCACAAAGAUCAACCCAAUUAGUGUCAAUUGCCAGCUGCAUAGGCCCGAGUUUGUUGUUAACGUAGAUUCCAACAUUUCUUGUCCUUUGUUUGUUCACUCGAGAAAAGUUCCUUAUUUUUGUGCAGCUUCAGUUUGUGUCCAGAGGCGAGCAGUGAAGUUAAUAUAUAUAUAGAGAUAUAUACAUAUAUAGUCCAAGUAUUAUGUAUUUAGUUGUUGGUCCAUUUUUCAGCAUAUACAGACAAGAAUAUACGAAACGAAUAUAUGAAUAUUAUGCAGACACUUGGCGUAAAGCGAUCGAUCUCUUUAGGUUUUUCAUGUACAACGUUGCAUAAAAAUGUUUAAUUGAUCAUCAAAAAAGCGUGUGUCUGUCUGUGUGUGUAUGUCUUGCCAAAUUGUCUCCCGUGGAGUCAAUAUCGCGUACAAUAAAACAGCAUUAUUAUGAA